ACAAUUCCAAUGGAGAGGGACACCAAGACUUCUGCGGCAGACAAUGGUCGAAAACCAGCCGGAAACAAUCUGCAAUCGUUACCCACCAGGCAGUAUUUGGACCAGACGGUAACUCCGAUCCUGCUGCAGGGAUUGAAACUGCUGGCCAAAGAAAGACCUCAGGAUCCCGUGCAAUAUUUAGCGAACUUUCUCAUGGAAAACCGGAACCGCGUUGAGAAAAGCAAUGGAGGCAGCACGGAAGAUGCACAAUAAAUAGAUUUUGUAUAAGCUACGGAGGAAAA